UUCGUUUUCCUGUUUCGUUUUGACUGCUGUGCUUCAAAUUUAUGUUAAAAAGAUGAGAUUAGUGUAUCAAAUACCAAUGUGUAUUGUAUUAUCAAGCAUAGUUAAUGCAAAUGAAUCAACAAAACUUCUCAAGAACAAUCAAAAACACAAAGGACGAUUAAAAUAUGAAAUAUUAAAUCGUUUGACUAAAGCAAAGGAGCAUUUAAUUCAGUUACAAUCCUUCAACAAUUCCACAGAUUUUGGUCACAUUCCAAUAUAUGAUAUAUGUACAGCGUUUCUAAAAGAAUUUGGACAAAAUUCAGCAGAUUUUAUAAAAUGUUCAGUGGAGAAAGCACGACCAUUCAGAUUUUGUGAAAGUUGUGUUAGGGAAUACAAAAGAGCAAUGACCACCUUUGAGGACAUUCUUCAGGAUGAUGAGAAAUGGAGUGGAUGCAGAAAUGUAUUACUGAAAGCAGACCGGAUACAGGUUUUAGAUCAAGUUUAUAAUAAUAUAAAGAAUGUUUGGGACCAAGCUUAUUGUAAUGGAUGUUUUCAAUCAGGAAGUAUCAGUGAAGACAAAAAUGGAACAGUAACAUUUCAGUACAGCACAAUUUCUAACGCAUUCAAUGUGAUAUUCAAAAAUAUGACUAGAUGUAUCAAAAUGCACUCCAAUGUAUCUUUGGACAAAGAGUCUCUUAUGGAUGAUAUACACAAUAUAAGUAUUAUUAGUGCAUGUGAUGCAUGUUCAGCUUUAUAUGAUGACAUGAACAGAGAGUUUAAAGAUGCCAUGAAGACCACUCAAAAAGAAGUCUGUAUGGAUUUAGUAGAUAUGAUGAAUUACACCCGUAUAGCGUGGGGUGUGAAGCUGAAUUGCACAAAACACUACAAAACAAAUGCAGGUGUGAUUACUAUAACAGCCCUUGUUGCCAUAGGAACUAUAAGCUUUUAUGUUGUUGUAGGAGUGAAGGGAAUUAGGGUGCAAAAAAAAUUGAUGAUACAGAAAAGAAUGUCGGUUAGAUCAGAUGCCCCUUCCUAUGGUGCCACAACAGAGCUUCAUCAAGAUGGAUUAGAUGAUGGCAAUGGACUAGAGAGACAACCAUUAUUCAGUUGAUAGUUAGCUGUUUGUGUGAUUAUAGGAUAGUUCUAUGGUACUAAGACUUGUUUCAGUAUAUUGUAAUGUUACUAGUUGAAUGAAUGAAUGAAUGAAUGAACAAAUUUAUUUUCAAAAAGCAUUUACAUGUUGAAUAUCUAUAUAUUUGUAUGUAGUUUUUUGUUUGUGUGAUAAUGUGAAAGUUCCAUGGUAUUGGGACUUUUCCCAUUUUUUUUUAUACUACUAGUAGAAUAUCUAUUUAUUUAAAGCUAGUUUACACACACAUAUAUAAAUGUGCAAUAAGCUUAAAGUCAUAUGAAGGUGCUUGUAUAAUAUUGCUUGAACACAUUACCAGUUUGAGGUUUUAAAAAAAUCACUUCUAUAUAUUACAUUUAAUAGGCAUUUCAUUCACUCAUCAGGUUCCUUUAUCAGAAAAGUACGAUAAUUUUAGUUUUCUCCUGUAAUGUCCAUAGUUGACUCUAACUCACACAAGAUUAAUGUAUCAUAUUAACUAUAUUUAAAAUGAAAUUAAUAUAAUUUGAUGUAAUCAGAUGAAAUUGCAGUUAGAAAAGUUAGCAGCUUUAUAAUAAAUAAUGUUUUUUAUUUUUUUUAUUUCCGGUAUCUGAACAGUAGAUUCAUUUAUUUAUCACUGUACGAUGACCUAUAGUUGUUAAUUUCUGUGUCAUAUUGGUCCAUGUAUAAUAUAUAAAUAAGGUUUUUGUAUCCUACUAAAAUUUGAACCUGAAACUUACCAGUCCAAAGAACAGAAACAUUGUGGCAGGUGAACAUAUUUGAUUAAUUAUCUUAAUUAUUUGUGCGUAUUAAUUCCCUGUCACCAAAGCAUUUUAUGACCAGUAUGUACAUGAGAACUUACAGGAGUUUGUCAUCUAUGGUUCUGUAGUUUACUUAUAAAAAGCAGUGGUGAUAAAUGACAGUGAUAUUUAAGGGAAACUAAUUCACUGAUCUAGAAUACAACAUUUUAUAUUCAUUGUUUAAGGGGGCUCGCAGGUAUAAAUCAUUUAUUUUUCUAAUAUAGGAUUUCUCUCUUUUUUUUAUAUAAAUAAACUUUAUCCUAUACCGAAUAGAAAAAUAAAAUAAAAAUAUGGGGUCACAGUUCAUUUAAGCUCACAAUCUGCCACCCAAAGAAGCAUACAAUUUUGUUUGUCUUUUUUUUUCUGUUGAACUAAUAUAGAGGUAAUAUUGAAAUAAAAAAAGAACUAAAUUUAUACAGAAAUUGCUUAAAUUUACAAUUAUUUAGUUUAUGUACAGCUUAUUUGAAAACAAUAAUAAAAAAUUUUGGUCACCGAUGAGUUAAAAAAGAUAUUUAAAUUUUAAUGCCAUAAAAUUUCAUUUUUGCACCAAAGGUAGAUAGUUUGGAGCUUUUUCAAUGAAAAUAUCAGUUUUAAUGUCAUCUGGGGCCAACCAAAUCGUUUUUUGGGUGUUGUUUUGGUACCAUAUCAUUAAGUAAUAACUAAUAGUGUAAUAGAUAAAAUUUGUAAUGAAAUACAAAUGUUAAAGUUUUAGCUGAUUUUUUUGUACCCAUGAGCCUCCUUAAGUCUUAACAUCACUAUUUUUUUUUGUCUUGUCUAGAACAGUUCAGUUCCUAACCUAUUUGACAAUAUCAUAUAGUGUACAUUUGUUACAAAAAUGACCAUGCAGUUAAUUUCUGUGCCUCUGAAAAAUAAUUUGUCAUAAUUUCAAAAAUCAGUCUUCUUUCUCUUUUUCAUAAGAAUUUUAAAAGAUGAAUUGUAUUUUUAUGUUGGUGUAUGCUUAUCUGAUGCAUUAUUAAUGGACCUACUUAUAUGGUAAAUGCGUAUAGAUUCCCCCUUUUUCAAGAUUGUGAUGUAGUGUUGGACAUUUCAUAGAAAGCUAUCAGACAUAAUUAUAACAUAUAUUUCUGAUUUGAUCUCUUGAUUAUUUGGAAAACAUUUGUUUGAAUUUUUUGUUUUCGUAAUUUUAAUGGAUAUGUGUGGAAAUAAUGUAUAUAAGAUUAAGAAAAGUGCCAAAUCAGUAUUAGAUUGAAAAUUGUAUAUUGAACUAUGAAUCAUACUUGUGUUACUUAAAAUAUAGCUAGUGAUCAAAUUGUUAAGAAUUUAUGAAGUACAAAAUAAAGUCAACAUUCCUACUGAA